CAGACGCCGCGUGCCGGGCCGGGCUACGGCGCCCGCGUGCGCAGCGGGGAGCUCUGCGUGGAGGCGAUGUGCGGCCGCCGUCUGGGACAGAAGCUCACCGUGGGCCCACUCCGCGGGGACGACGCCGGCGGCUACGCGUGCGAGGCCGCCUGGGACCUCCCGCGCUCCGCGGGGGCCACGGGCUCGGGCCGGGGGCCGCGCGCUGUGGCGCGUGCCUACGCCUACGUCCACGUCGACGGCAGCGGAGCCGCGGUCGCGUUCUCGGUCCGCGUGUGGCCACCCGAAGCGUCCUCCGUGGCCGAGGGGCACCGCGCGGAGCUGUGGUGUCUCGUGUCCGGUCUCCCUGCGUUCCGCUCGGCCACGGGUCCCGGCGCCGACUCGGAGUCGAACUCGGCCGUGGCCGUCCGCUGGUUCCACGCCCCGGCGGGAGUCGCGGCCACAGAGAAAGGCUCCGUGCUCCUGAGUCGCACGACGAGUGGCGACGUCUGGGCCCACGAGCGGCACAAGAGCCGCUUCGCGAGCGGCGCCAUCUGCAUGGAGGCCGCGUGCCUCGCCUCGGCGUUCCGUCUCGAGCUCAACGACUUCUCGGCGGGCGACGGCGGCCGCUACUCGUGCGAGGUCCUGGACCGCUCUGGCGAGGAGACCGCCAAGGCCGGCGCCGAGACGCUACUGCUGCUGGGCGAGGGACACGGUGGAGCCGCCACGGCCACGCCGCCGCCGCUGGGGUGGCGUCACGAGGAGGAGUUCUCGGGGGACGGGGAGGAGGGCGGCGAGGGGGCAGAGAUCCCCGCGGGCCUCCUCGGGACGACGACUCCGCCUGGCGCGCUCUUCCCCGCCGAGCACGCGUUCACGGAGGAAGUCUACUUCGGGCCGCUGAGCGCGCGCGUCACCCCACGACCCCUGGUCCACGCGCGCCAGGGCUACCCCCUCGCCCUGGUGUGCGAGGCGGCGGGGGGCGCCGCCACCCCGGGUUCGCUGCCCCCCCCGCACAGCCAAAUCGUCGCGCUGUGGACGCACGCGCCCCUGGGCCACACGGGGCCUCCACGCGCACUCCUCGUGGAGUGGCUGGGAGGGGGAGGAGGAGGGGGAGGAGGAGGAGGGGGAGGAGGCGUCCCAGGGCUGAGAAAGGUGCUGGCCGAGACGCUCUCCGCCAGGCUGUGCCCCGGGGCGCAGGACGGCGAGGCGGACGAGGCGGACGAGGAGGAAGGGGAUGGGGGGCUGCCUUCGCCGCGACAGCGGUGGGGGGCGUCGCGAGAGGAGGGGGGGUGCGCCUGGGGCGCGCGGCGUGCGAGCGUGCUGGCCCUGCGCAGCGCGACGCUGCAGGACGCGGGCUCGUUCGCCUGCGUGCUGCUGGCGCUGGCGCGCGGUCACCGCGUGGUGGCGCGCGCCGUCGACGUCGUCCGCGUGGAGGUCGGCGCCGCUCCUGCUCCGUCGCGUGCGCCGAUCGCAGCGCGCCUCUCUCCCGCGUCGCCCCUCUUCGUGCCGCCGGGUGGCGACGCGACGCUGUGGUGCUCCGUCGACUCCUCCUCCCUCUCCGAGGUGUCCGUCAGCUGGAGCGUCGCCGACGCCGCCGCCUCGUCGUGGACGCCGCUGCUCGGGCUGCGAUCCGACGGGGAGCCCUGGGUGCACGAGCGCUCGAGGUGGCGCCACGCGCUCGGGCGGCUGUGCCCCGACGGGGCGCCCUGCGGCCCGAGCGGCCGCCUGCACCGCCUGGUGCUGCGCGCGUUCGGCGCGGGCGACCAGGGCCGCUACGCGUGCGAGGCGGCGGGGCGCGGGGCGCGGGACGCGGGCCGACUCGUGGCUCGUGACGAGGUCCUGGUGCUGCUGCUGCUGGACGACGGAGCAACGGAUCCGAGCCGAGCGCCGCCUCUGGGCCUCGGCACCGCGACGCGACCCCCCAGCGGCGGGGCCACGGGCGGCCUGCCCGCUGAGGGGGGGCGCAGCGGCGAGGCGCUGCGCCCGGAGGACGUGGGGGGGGGCGCCCUCACCGCCUCACCAGGGGGCCGGGAACGACCGGACCCGAGGGCAGAGACGCCGCCAGGGGGACCCCUGGGCCCUGCCGCGGUAGGGUCCCUGGCGGGGGUCUUCGGGUGCCUCUUGGUCGUGGCCGUCUUUGUCUCCCUGUGCUGCCUGCGGCGAAGAUAUUGGCCGACUCCCUCACAAGCCGGCGCGCCAGGCGGCAUGGCCCUGGCCACCGUCAGCUGAGAGCUGCGACACAGAGACACCCGGGACCCGCUGCUGCUGCUGCGCUGGAGACACCGUGGGGACCCCCCCC